AUGGAUACUAUUACUAGUUCAACAGAGACAACUGUUACUUCAACAAAUACAAAUACAAAUAUAGAUAACAAUGACAAUGACAAUGACAUUGACUAUGACCAUGACAAUGAAUAUGUUGCGAUUCAACAAGAUCACUUAUUGGUUUUACAACAUGGUUUGAAUGCAACCGAUGGUGAUUAUAUUGUAAUGAAAGAUGUAUUGGCAAAAUCACAUCCUACAAUGAUGGUAUAUGCUGCAAAGAGUAACAAUACGAGUCUAUUCAAUCAGGCUACUCAUCAAGGUAUAGAUGCAUGUGGUGAUAGAUUGUUUAAUGAAAUUGUACAGCUCACCAAACAAUACCAAGAGCAAAUUAAAAAGAUAUCAAUCAUUGGACAUAGUUUGGGUGGUUUGAUUACUCGUCAUGCAAUCGGAAAGUUAUAUCAACAUGGAUACUUUAACAAUGUACAACCAAUCCAAUACAUUUCUUUAUCUUCUCCUCAUUGUGGGAGUAGAAGACCAAAAUCAACAGCAUUUAACAAGUUGGCAUGUGUAUUUACAGAUGCAAUGAUUAAAAUGACUGGAAAACAAUUAAUGUUGACUGAUGAUCCUGAAAAUCCUUUAUUAUUAAAAAUGACUGAUCCAAAUGAUAUUUAUUAUAAAGGAUUAGAAUUAUUUAAAUCAAGAAUACUUUAUUCAAACAUUGAAAAUGAUAUUCAAGUUAAUUUUUGUACAUCUGAUAUGACACAUAGAAACCCAUAUACUAAACGAGUUGGAAAGGUUGAAGAAUUGAUUGAAAUGAUAUUCCAUGAAAAGUAUCCCCACAUUAUCAAUCCAUCUACACAAGCUCCAUUCGUUCCAGUUGGAGAAGACAGUUUCAAGAAUGAAGAGAAACGUCAACAACUUUUAAAAAUGUUACAAAAUCUUCAAACUCUAACUUUUGAUCGUUAUCAUUGUUAUUUUAAAAACUUUUUAUCACAUACCAAUGUAAUUAUGAAAAGAUCAUAUUUAAAUAAUGAAGGUCAAGAUGUUAUACAACAUGUUAAUGACCAUUUAAUUGAUGAAUAA